CUUAAAUGAGAGCGGCAAUCACUUGACAUGCAUGUGUGUGUGGGUUGAUGAUUGGGAGAUGAUUGUUGACAGCUCUUCUUGCUGAAAUUUCACCGGAAGCAACAAUCCAUACAAAUUCUGAAGAUGUCUGGCAUAGCGUCAUUGCAGAUGGUUGAUGGCGCCCUCCGGAGUGUGGAUAAGGUCCAAUCCUACAUCACCAUCGGAAUGGAAGACAUUAUUGAGGUGUCCCUUGACUUAGCAGAAAUGGCCACCGAGGGAGACAACACAGAGGGUCAGUUACUAGACCUGAAGGAGAUGAUGCAAGAUUACGCAAUGAUGGAACAAGAUCUACAGCAAUAUGUCAGAACAGUCAAGCAGGUCAAGGGUCAGGUUCAAAAGCUGAGCAUUGAUGAGCAGAUGAGCAUUGAAGUACCAGAACUUAUUGAAAGAGCACUCAAUGAAGCUCAGGGUAGCAGUGACAAGGCAGUAUCACACACCAAGAUCGAUGAACUUAAAGAAAAGUUAUGGCAGUACAAAAAUGCUGGGGAAACUAUGGUCCCAUCAGCCAGUGAGGUCACAGAGGAUGAGGAUGUCGUCAUGACACAAUGCGAGGUGUCCACCAAGUGUCCAAUCACAAAGUGCGAAAUGGUUGACCCGGUAACAAACAAACAUUGUCAGCACACAUAUGAGAAGACGGCUAUAAUGCAGAUGCUGAGAAAUCGCAAAAAUGCGUUAUGCCCCGUCUCUGGCUGCGGAAACAAGACUCCUCUCGAUAAGACAGACCUUGUAGACAACCGGCAACUGAAGAGAUUUAUCAAUCAGAGAAAUAAAUAGAGAAGCAGAACCAGAUACAGUCGACUCUCGUUAUAAAGAGAACUGGGCACUAUUGGUAAUCGUCAACGACCAGUCUUUGCACUUGGUGUAUCCCAACAUAUGCAU